AUGGAUGCUCUUCAACAUUCGAUUCUCUCGUUUCUGGGCCGUCACGAUCUCACGCCUGGACACUUGAUACCUUGUUUGUCGUUCUUGCGGGCUAGAUACCCAGGUCAGGAAAUCAGACCGAUACGGGUGCAAGGCUUUUGUUCUAUCACGUACUCGCUGGGAGAUCAGUAUAUUAUUCAGAUUCGUCCGAGGGUUUAUCCUUUGGAUCUUGAGACUCUGGCGGUUGCGAGAGAUGUGUAUGGCAAUCAUGCGCCGAGUGUGAGGUUAGUCAAGAGAUUUGGGAAUUCUGGACUCGAGAUCUAUGAGAUGAGUCGUGUUCAAGGGAUUUCGUUGCUGGAUCAUCGGUUGGGAUGUGCAGAUUCGAGCGGGUUGAAGGGAUUAGUAGAUGGAUUUGCCGAAGUGCAGAUCUUGGGAUACAAGUCUUGUAAAACUGAAGGGUUUCAUAAAGGGUUGGUAGGUAAAUCGUUGGAGUAUCGGUUGAAACUUUUGGAAAGGGAUCUCCCUGUGAGGUUCAGACCAGUCACUAGAUAUGUUGUCGAUCGUCUCGACGAUAUCGUCACUUUACCGUGGGUAUUUACGCAUGGAGACCUAGUACCGGGAAAUAUCAUGGUAAAUCGCACCGGAGAUCGCAUUUUGGGACUUGUGGACUGGACUGAGAGUGAGUGGUUGCCGUGUGGAAUGGGAUUUUAUGGACUUGAUAUUAUUCUGGGAGAGGGAGAAGGAAGUGCUGGUUUGAAAAAGAGGUUCUGGGAGAGGUUGGAGGUGGGGAUUCAUGUGGAAGGAGGCUGGAGAGGAUUCAAAAGAAGAGUUGAGUUGGCGAGGAUACUUGGAAUAUUGCUUUGGUUUGGAAUUGCCUGGGAUGAAGGGAGGAGAGAUAGGGUGGUUGAAGAGGGAAGAGAUUUUGAGGAGGUUGAGAGGUUGGAUGCUUUUCUGGGAAAUAUUGAUGUGUACGCUGAGACAGAAUCCAAGUCGUCUGAGGAUAUCUUGGUGACUGGAGGCAGAAUAAACUCUAAACUCUGA